CAACCAGCAGGCCAUUCAGGCCAAGUACGCUGUCCCGAACGCCCAACGACAGCGAGUACCUGUUGCGCCUGUUUCUCGCCAACAGGAGCGUGCCGCUGGCGCUGAGCUUCCUCUCCAUGACAGCAACUUGGGUCGGAGGUGGCUACAUCAACGGGACCGCCGAAGCCGUGUUCAAUUACGGCAUCGUAUGGUGUCACGCUCCGAUCGGCUACGCGCUCAGCCUCGUAAUUGGCGGCCGGUUCUUCGCGGGCAAGAUGCGCGUGACGAAGGCGCUCACGAUGCUCGACCCGUUCCAGCAGCACUACGGCCGCUUCAUCGCCAUCCCCCUCUGCGUCCCCGCGCUCUGCGGAGAAGUCUUCUGGACGGCCGCCAUUCUGGCCGCACUGGGCAACACGGUGGCGGCGAUAACGCACGUCGAUUCUCCGUUUGUCAUCAUGUUGUCCGCCGCCAUCAUUCUCUUCUACACAUCGCUGGGCGGUCUCUACUCGGUGAUCUACACGGAUGCGUUCCAGGUGGUGAGCACCGUCAUCGGUCUGUGGGUGAGCGUGGUCUUCUUCAUGAGAAGCAACGUCGUGGGGACCAUCGGGCCACCGGACAACGAGUGGUUCGGUUCAAUUGACAAGAAAGACGUGAGCCAGAUAGUCGACCAGCUCUUGAUGACCAUCUUCGGCGGCAUCCCUUGGCAGGUGUACUUCCAACGCGUGCUCUGCACCGAGUCCGUGUUCACCGCCAAGAUGCUCUCCUACCUGGCAGCGGCGGGCUGCUGUUUCCUGGCCCUUCCGCCGAUCAUCAUCGGCGCUCUUGCCAAGAGUUGCAAUUUCACGGCGGCGGGUUACCAAGGCCCGUUCAACCUGCUGGAGGAAGAGCGCCACAAGGUGCUGCCUCACGCGCUCCACCACAUGACGCCGGGCUUCGUGGCCGUGCUGGGCCAGAUCGCCAUCACGGCUGCCGUCAUGUCGUCUGUCGACUCGUCGAUGCUCAGCGCCUCGCAGCUCAUCACGAGAAACAUCUACCACUUCAUUCUGAAGCCAUCGGCCUCGGACAUGGAAGUGUGCGUGGUGCUUCGCUUCAUGAUCUGCUUGGUAGGCGCGGUGGCGACGUCCAUGGCCCUCAGGGUGAGCUCGGUGUUCGCCCUGUGGACGCUAUCGUCGGACCUGGUUUACGUGCUGCUCUUCCCGCAGUUUGUCGCCUUAUUCUUUCUGCGCGACCUGACCAACGCCUACGGAUCGGUGCUCGUACCAACUAGCCCGAAGAACCACCUUGCUGGGUGA